UGUAUGGAAGUUCUACUUCCGGUGGUUAGCUUUGCAACAGUGCUGGAUACAAACAAGGUUAGACAGUUUGACAGCGACUGGGAGGAAUUUGGGUGUUGUCAGCGCAGAACCUCUGUGUUAGUGUUAUGUGAAGUGGACGCUGGCUUUGUUAGGACUGUGAUUGAGCACAAUGGCUGCUGUUCCUCCACUCAGGCGGACAGAUUCAGCUCGGGGAGAGUUUUCUCCUCUAAAGCACUUUGUUGUAGCCAAGAAGAAGAUCAGCGAUGUGUUUGAGCAGCUUCUCAACUACGUGAAAGAGACCUCAGAGUUUGUUGAAGACCUCCGUGGGAAUAAAGCUCUGGAGACCAUCGCCACUAAAGACCAGAAGUUGGAAAUUCAUACUUAUGCCGACAAGCUUGCGGUCAUUAAGGAGGUGCUGGCACGCAGGCACAUGAAAGUGGCGUUUUUUGGCAGGACUAGUAAUGGUAAAAGCACAGUGGUCAAUGCCAUGCUGAGAGAUCGCGUCCUGCCCAGCGGGAUCGGCCACACCACCAACUGCUUCCUGAGUGUGGAGGGCACCGAUGAAGACAAGGCCUACCUCAAAACUGAGGGCUCUGAAGAGGAGAAGAGCAUUAAAACUGUAAACCAGCUGGCUCACGCGCUUCACAUGGAUGAAAGCCUGGAUGCCGGCUGUCUCGUCCGGGUGUUCUGGCCAAAGACCAAAUGUGCUCUGCUUCGAGACGACCUGGUCCUCGUGGACAGCCCAGGGACAGAUGUCACUACACAGCUGGACAGCUGGAUUGACAAGUUUUGCCUGGAUGCUGACGUCUUUGUGCUGGUGGCGAACUCUGAGUCGACGCUCAUGAACACGGAAAAGCAGUUUUUCCACAAAGUGAAUGAACGUCUCUCAAAGCCCAACAUCUUCAUCCUCAACAAUCGCUGGGACGCCUCUGCUAAUGAACCAGAGUACAUGGAGGACGUGAGGAAGCAGCACACGGAUCGCUGUGUGAACUUUCUGGUGGAGGAGCUAAAAGUUGUCGACCGUGACCAGGCACCCAGCCACAUUUUCUUUAUCUCUGCAAAAGAGGUGCUCAACUCCCGAAUGCAGCGUGCACAGGGCAUGCCUGAAACAGGUGGCGCUCUGGCUGAGGGUUUCCAAGAGAGACUAAAGGAGUUCCAGAGUUUUGAGAGGAGGUUUGAGGAGUGUAUCUCGCAGUCAGCAGUGAAAACAAAGUUUGAGCAGCACACUAUCAGGGCCAAGCAGAUCACAGAAAAAGUCAAGACCAUCAUGGACGCCAUCAACAUUGAAGCAGCGGAGAAGCGAGUGGCGGCACUGGAGGACAGAGAAUACCAGAUGGACCGGCUAGAGUUUGUCAAGAAUCAGCUCAACUUACUGAUUGAAGAAAUAAAGAAGAGGAUCAAAGCUAUCAGUGAUGAUGUGGAGUCCAAGGUGUCCAUCGCUAUGGGAGAGGAGAUCAACCGUCUUCAUGUGAUUGUUGACGAGUUCCACGCCGAUUUCCAUCCUUCACCUCAAGUCCUCAAGAUCUACAAGUCUGAUCUUCUAGCGCAUGUGGAGCAAGGGAUGGGAAAGAACCUGGCCUUCCGCUGCUCCAAUGCCAUCAACGCCUCUGUCCAGUCUUCUCAGGAAUACAUGAUGGAGAGCAUGGUGCCACUGCUUCCCUCUACGGCCCAGAGCCAAAUCCACAUGCUGGGUCCCAACAGGACGUUCGACCUGAGCUAUGACCUAAACUGCGCUGCCAUUUGCAGUGACUUCCAGGAAAACAUAGAGUUCCAGUUCUCGUUGGGCUGGAAAGCUUUAGUGCACCGUUACCUGGGUUCUGUUAAUGCACAGAAGGCUCUCAGACUAGUAGAUCCGAACUUCCAGAACUCUAGAUCUAUAGUUCCUGUAGCCCAAACGCCUUCGUCUGGGCCCCCAUCCAUCGCUGCGCCGCCCAGCAACGAGACGGCCCUCAUGACCCAGGAAGAUCUGAUGGUAGCCAUGGCAACUAACUUGGCAUCCCUCACUUCCCGAACCUCAAUGAGCGUCAUCGUUGUUGGAGGAGUGAUGUGGAAAACAAUUGGCUGGAGGAUCAUUGCCCUGUCGGUUUCACUCUAUGGCCUACUGUACUUUUACGAGAGGCUCACCUGGACCACAAAAGCAAAAGAGCGUGCUCUGAAGCGUCAGUUUGUGGAGUUCGCUUCUGAGAAACUGCAGCUCAUCGUCAGCUUUACCAGUGCGAGCUGCAGCCACCAGGUCCAACAGGAGAUGGCCACGACAUUCGCUCGGCUCUGUCAGCAGGUGGAUCAGACAGAGAAGGACCUCGAGGCGAACAUCUGUACACUGACAGCCAACAUAGAUCAGCUGGAGACCGUUCAGAGCUGCUCCAAGACCCUGCGGCAUAAAGCGACAGAGCUGGAGGUACAACUGGAGGAAUUUACCAAGCAGUACCUGGAGCCUCAGCAGUGAAGCCGCUUCUCUUCAUCGUUCCGUAACCUGGCUCUUAUGGAGUCGUCCUGCUACACAAUGCCUACUGCUGAUGGUGGUGCUGGAAACUCUGAGAGUCAACCGGUCCAAAACAUGGAAAUCUGUCUGCAUGUGACCGGGAGGAAAAUUCAUCCUUGUCGCCAUUGUUGAACAAAUGUACCUAAAAUGUUUCUCAGAUAUGACGUUUUUUUGUUGCUCAGAAAGUCUUUGCUAAUUUUGUAGAUGUCACAGGAAAAAUUUAAUAUUUUUCCAGUUCUUAAUCCAGCCAGGAACACAUCACAAAAACGCAGUUAAAUACAGAAGAAAAAGCAAAAUCAGCCUGUGGUUGUGAAUGAACCCUCCACCAGGGGGCAGCAUGUAUUGGUCAAAAUGCCAGGUGUUUGAUGCCGCCUUGUGACACUAACCUGCUGUGACUUUAAUUGUGGAAACGCCUUUUUUAUUCUGUUAAGACAAUGAAGUCUUUUGUGGACAUGUCUGUUCAGAUGGGAUCAGCUGUAAGUGGAAAAAAAAAUGAAUAUGUAAUAUUAAAACAAAACUGUAAGCAAAUAGUUAAACAUACUGAGUGGAAUCGUGAGGAGGAAGAAAAGCAUGUACUGUAGUUAAAUUUCUACUUUCUAACAAUCCAAACCGUAUAAAUCAAAUACAUCAGAUAUUUUAUAAUCUAUUUUAUUUAUACAUAGUACAAUGGGCUGGCAGUUACACAUCACUGAAUUUUGUAAAUUUGUUUUGCGUUUUCCUCAAAUGUGAGUUCAAAUACUUUGAGAUUUGCCAGAUUGCAUUAAACCUGAAAUGAUCUAAAA